AUGGCCAACCUCACGAUGAUGACAGAAUUCUUCCUCACGAACUUUUUCAAUGCUUGGCAGCUGCAAAUCUUACAUGCCAUGUUCUUCUUGCUGAUCUACUUGGUGGCCCUGAUGGGGAAUCUGCUCAUCUUCACUCUCAUCUCUCUAGAUGAGCACCUCCACACUCCCAUGUACUUCUUCCUUAAGAACUUGUCUCUUUUAGAUCUCUGCUUCAUUUCUGUUACUGUCCCCAAAUCGAUUGCAAAUUCCUUAAGUCACAAAUCUUCAAUCUCUUACUUGGGGUGUGUAUUACAGCUCUUUUUAGUGAUUUUAUUCUCAGGGUCAGAGAUUUUUCUCCUCACAGCAAUGUCCUAUGAUCGCUAUGUGGCCAUCUGUCAGCCCCUGCACUAUGAAGUCAUCAUGACCAGAGAUGCUUGUUUGAGGAUGGCAGCUGUUUCCUGGCUUGCUGGAUGUGUGUUUGGUGUCAUGUACUCAGCUACUACUUUCUCCCAGCCCUUCUGUGGCUCCAAGGAGAUCCAUCAGUUCUUUUGUGAUGUCCCUUCUUUAGUCAAGAUCUCUUGCUCUGAGACACACAUGGCAAUAUAUUUGACAAUGGCUUUUGUACUUGGUUUAGGAAUAUUCUGCUGUAUUUCCAUAACAGUGUCUUAUGGACACAUCUUCUCAACGGUGCUGAAGAUUCCAAGUACAGAGGCACAGUCAAAAGCUUUUUCCACUUGCCUUCCCCACCUUAUUGUUCUCAUGGUUUUUGCAACAAGUGCGAUCAUGGCUUAUCUAAAGCCACCUUUGUACUCUGACUCAGUUGUGGAUCUGUUAUUGUCUAUGUUCUACGCAGUGUUUCCCCCAACUCUGAACCCUAUCAUCUAUAGCUUGAGGAACAAGGACAUCAGGACUUCUCUGAGGAAACUUAUAGCUUGGCAAUAUUUCUUAAAGGGUUCAAUGCCAAAGUCCUUUCUAUGA